CAUACAGAACUGGGAGGAGCACUUUUGGGUGAAGCCGAGAAAAAUACGACUUUGAUCGUAUUUGAUCGUGUUUUUUUCCCUUUGAUUCUCGACGCGUCAACAGCUAUGCCUGGGAUAGAGAAGCUCCCGAUCGAGGAGACCCUGGAGGACAGUCCGCAGACUCGCUCCCUGCUGGGGGUUUUUGAAGAGGACACUGCAGCCAUCUCCAGCUACUGUACGCAGCUCUACGAGGCCAUGCAGAGGAUUUACGAUGCCCAGAAUGAGCUGAGUGCUGCGACACAUCUGACCUCGAGGCUUCUGAAGGAGUACGACAAACAGCGUUUUCCUCUUGGGGGCGACGAUGAGGUCAUGAGCUCCACUCUGCAGCAGUUUGCCAAAGUCAUUGAUGAGCUGAGCUCCUGUCAGGCGGUCUUGUCCACUCAGCUUGCAGAUGCCAUGAUGUUUCCCAUCACUCAGUUUAAAGAAAGAGAUCUGAAGGAGAUUCUGACACUGAAGGAGGUCUUCCAGAUAGCCAGUGAUGAUCACGACACGGCUAUCAACCGCUACAGCCGCCUGUCCAAGAGGAGGGACAACGACAAGCUGCGGGCGGAGGCUGUGGAGGACGUCUACACCUCCCGCAAGAAACAGCACCAGACCAUGAUGCACUACUUCUGCUCGCUGAAUACGCUGCAGUACAAGAAGAAGACGGCCCUGCUGGAGCCGCUGCUGGGCUACAUGCAGGCCCAGAUCAGUUUCUUCAAGUUGGGUUCAGAAAAUCUCAGCCAGCAAUGGGAGGACUUCCUGGGAACCAUCGGAACCAGUGUCCAAAAUGUGCGUCGGGAGAUGGAGGAGGAGCUGGGCCAAAUGCAGCAGACUAUCCAGCAGAUAGAGAGGUCAUGUGACCCCCUGUAUGCACCGUGUGACCCUGACCCCGCCCACUCACCCGUGUGUCGCAACUUGACCAGGAAGCAGGGUUACCUCUACAUCCGCAAUAAGACCGGCCUGGUGUCGUCGUCGUGGGAGCGUCAGUACUUCUUCACGCAGGGCGGUAACUUGAUGCAGCAGGGCCGGGGCGAGGUCGCUGGUGGACUGGUCACAGAUCUUGACAACUGCUCUGUCAUGGCAGUAGACAGUGACGACCGGCGCUUCUGCUUCCAGGUUACCUCCUUCGAUGGCAAAAAAGUGGUGACGCUGCAGGCUGAGAGCAGGAAAGACUGCGAGGAGUGGAUCGCCACCAUCAACAACAUCUCCAGGCAGAUCUACCUGAGCGAGAACGCAGAGGAGCUGGCAGCCAGAGUCAACCAGUCAGCCCUGGAGGCUGUGACGCCAUCGCCGUCUUUCCAACAGAGACAUGAGAGCAUGAGACCCACCAGUAAGGGUCAUGUGGGCCGGACGGGCAGCAUCAGCUCUGUGGGCUCUGAACCUUCACCUGCCCUUUCUGUCCUCUCAUUGGAUGCCUUGGUUGCCCCCGAAACGCCCAUCCAGUUCGACAUCAUUUCACCUGUCAGUGAGGAGAACACAGGACACAAUAAGACGGCGGCACAGUCCGGCAGGAGGAGUAAUCCAUUUGGCGAGUCGGGAGACGAGACGUCAGAGAAUGGUCAAGACUCGAUCCUCCAUCAGCUCUUCAUUGUCCGUUUCCUGGGCUCCAUGGAGGUCCGGAGCACCGAGUCUGCAGACGUCAUCUCUGAGACCAUGAGGCAGAUUCUUGCUGCCAGAGCCAUCCACAACAUCUUCAGGAUGACCGAGUCGCACCUGCUGGUCACCUGCGACUGCCUCAAGCUGAUUGAUCCUCAGACACAAGUGACCCGGCUCAGGUUCCCGCUGUCCAGUGUGGGUCGUUGUUUGUCCCAUCAGGACAACAAGAGGCUGUUUGGGUUCAUUCUGCAGUCACCACGCGGUGACAGCCGGGCUCUCUGCUACAUCUUUGAGUCCAACAACGACGGAGAGAAGAUCUGUGACAGUGUCAGUCUGGCCAAGCAGAUCGCUUUCCACUCUGAGCUGGACCGUCAGGCUGUGGAGAAGAAGAAGGAGCACGACAAGGCCAAAGAGAAACAGCAGGAGGAGCUCAGCAAGCAGAGACAGAUAGAAAAGGACCUGGAGGAGCAGAGCCGUUUGAUUGCCGCCUCCAGUCGCCCGGGCAACCCCUCUGCCUCUGACGGACAGUUCCUCGUGCUCGGCAACAGCCAAGUGGAAGACAGCGACGCGGGGGAGGAGGAGAGGAGGAAGGGGGAGUCGGACGCCUAACACAACCUGGGGGUGUGUGUUUUUUACUCCUGGACACGGCAGCGCUAGUGCUGUUGAGAACCCGCUCAGGAAUCGGAAACACCACCCGCACGGGCUGCUGGGGGUUAAAGAACAUGCGCCCCCUGUCUGCUGGACUCUGAUGGUUCAGGUGGUGGCUGUUACUCUGGAAACGGAGGCUAAAUUCAACAUGCUUCCCCUGGAGAACGGUUCGGUGUGCAGGCGUCUCAUUGCGGACUCAUCUUUUUGUGUGUUUGGGGAAAAAAAAAAGCUGCUUUUUAUCCCGGCGCCACCCAGAGGCAGAAAUCAGCCUCACUUAUUCUGUAAGGUUAUAAUCAUAGAAAAUGAGACAAUAUUGUAAACAUGCGUAAAUGCAGAAUGCUGGUUUGGACACAGCUAUGCGCUGUUCUACGCUGCCAGCUGUUCGGAAAACUGAGGGGUAACCGCUAAGCCACGCCCCCUGACGGGACACAACAUCGUGCUGAAAGACGAUGGCGGGAGAUGAACGUUCUGGUUUUUGUUUUUUUUUUGUUUUUUGGGGGGUAAAUGGGAUGUCUGAGCGCUUCUCUCUUAUUUUAAAAAUGAACAAUUCAUGAUGCGCAGAAAAGUAACAGGUUGCUAGUUUGAGUGGGUGAACACCAAACAUUCUGUCUCCAGCUUUUCCGGUAUGACCUUUACCCCGUUUUUACCGCUGAAAAUUUAAAAUCUUUGGGUUCUGAAAACGUGUGAUUGUUUCUUCCUGAUGUUUUUCUACACUAACAAUCAAUUAACUAAUCAAGAUAUUAAAAAGGGAAAUGACGUAAGUUAUUAGUUUCAGCUUUAGCCCCGACUAACUUCCAAAAUAAAAAAUCUUGGAU